CUCGACCCGCGAAGGACGCAGGCGCUACAUACACUUCUGCAGUGCCUAAACGGCAAAGGAAUGACCUCUUUGCUGUGAUAGCAGUGGAGACUAAGGGGCACUUCUCGCAGCGACACUUUGGCGCCUGCGGCCGCGGCCCGAGACCCCAGCCUCACUGGCAAUUGACGCCGUGCUUAUCCAUAAUGGCGGCAGCGGUUCGACAGGGGCCUCCGCGCGUCUAGCAGCGGGGCGCGUCAGCUCAGUGCGUAGCCGCCCAGAUCGCUUGAACCAAGUAUCGCGCACAGGAGCAGGGAUUCUGCCUGUCACAAGUGGUAACCCGCUCGUGCCUGCCAGUAUGUCCGACGAGGGGGCAAGCCGCCGCACCUCGAGCUGUCGCACAUUCACAACGAGCGCGGACAGCUCCCCAGCCGCGCGGGCGGGGUCGGGCGUCGCACGCAGCAUACCGCGGCUGCAAGCGCUGCAGACAGCCACUGCAGCAGAUAGCAUUCGCAGCCGGCUGCUCGGCCGCCGUGCGACCGUGGAGUCAGCGGUGGAAGUAUUGCGGGAGACGUCGCCACGUGUCCCGGAGCCCCGCCGCUCGUGCCUGAGCACGGCUGGAGGCGCAUACCCGGUGACUGCGGCUUCGGUCAUCGGUAUCUAUAGCAGCAGUGAUGCGCCUCCACGAGAUGUGUCCCCAGCUAGCGGCGCAACGGUACCAGGUGUGGCCCCCGAUGGGGCCGCCGCCGCCAUCCGGCGCCCAGCGAGCGCGGGCAGCGGCGCGCGGCCACAGCAGCAGCCCCACGCCCCCGCGGCCGUGUCGAAACCUGCUGCCCACCAGGCUCAACCAGUACUUCAGCGGCAACUCCAUUUUCUGCAACAGCCGCCGCAACCCACCGGGCAGCCCUCGCUGAAGCAAGUCCUGGGCGCAAUCGGUGACGUGCCGGCAUCCGGCAGCCGCGGCAGCAGCUUCACGCGCCGCACGGACGGCACUAGCGGUGACGUGGCACGCCAGCAGGGACUCUCCUCUGCAAGCCAGGCAGUGGCCGCUGUCCGGCCGGCGGCCGCGGUGCCGGUCGCGGUCCUGAACAACGGCGUGAGCAGCAGCUGCGAGUCCACGCGCGCCUGGGCUCAAGGGACUGAGCACACGCCGGCGGGCCGCGGCGGCGGCGCGGGCACACAUGGCGCCGCCAUGCCACUGGCACCUAGUCCACUGGUCCGCAGCUCGCGGCCCCUGGUCAGCUGCCGCCACAUGGGCACCUGCUAUGAUCAGGAGCAGGGCAGCAGGGCCGCGGCUAGGGCACUCACAGGUCCUUCAUCUGCUUCGGCCGCUGUGGACGUGUCCGUGUCCGUGGCCAGCGUGGCCGGUGCGGCCGUCAUGGCCCCGGGUGGUAUGGCCACCACCGGCGCCUUCCACGUUGCAUCGCCAGGAUAUCGCGCCGGCCUGUCGGGGCAGCGACGUCUCUCGCGGCGGCUGUCGUGCUCCGUGGGCAUGGAUCAGUGGUCGCCGCCGACGGCGCACGCUAUGCCGGGGGCGGCGGCGGCGGCAGCAGCCGUGGGCUCGCCUGCAGUGCAUGGGUCUGUGUCGGCGGCGGCACCUGGUAGCGGUGUGCUGGGCGGAGCCGGCCCUCGUCACAUCGUGGGCGCCGGCAGCAACAGCCACAGCCGCCGCCGCACCUCCGUCGCAAUGUUCUCGCCGGCGAUGGCGAUCAUCUCAGACUUCCUGAGCGCACAGCAGCAAUCGGUGGCAUCAGGUGUGGCAGUGAGUGCCGUGGGUGGCGGCAACCGCCGUGCCAGCAGCAGCCGCACUGCCGGCCGCCGCCUCAGCGCCGGCGGCGCCGCAGGUAGCAGCUCCCUGGUUGCGAUGGCAGCCGCCGUGGCCGCGGCCACCAACUCCUUGCGCAAACUGCAACGUGUGUCCAUGGCAGUGGACAGGCCCGCAUCCGCGGCUACAACCUUCGCUGCCAGCAGCCCGUUACCCGGCCCGGCCAGCGCCAACGCCCGACUCUUUAGCGCCUCAUCCGUGCCGGCAUCGGCGCUCCUGCUGCGAGCUGGAGCUAGCUCGCACAGCAGCAUGCAUGGAGCCGCUGGGCUUGGUGCCGCGGCCGCGGCUUCUGAGCUGCCUGGAGCCGGUUGCGUCGCCAGCACCCGCGCCAGCAGCGGCGUCCGGGCGACCAUCGUAGCCGGCAUGGCGGCCAACGCAAGCGGCAGCUCUUACCCAUCCUCCAACUCCUCCUUCGUCUUCGCCACGGACGGCAGCCGCCCCGCAGCACUGAGCCGCGCCGCGCUCGCCUCAGCCUCAGCAACCGCUAUGCUGCGCCCCAGCGCCACUGGCCACCAUCCCGCCCCGCAGCACCUACAGCAUCCCCAACAGCAGCACCCACGUCAGCAGCACCAGCAGCACCAGCAGGGCCCCGAGGCCACCUGGAGUCACAACCCCACGUUCAACACCACGGGUGGCAGCCGCGCGCGUGGUCGACCCGGCUUUCGCUAUGCCGAUGUGGGCGCAGCAAUCGACCGAAGGAGUGGCGGCCGUGAACGAUGCGCAGGAGCCGAUUCCAUGGUCAGCCCUGGCGCCGAGCCGAUGGCGCGUCGGUCGCUGUCGCAACGGCACGUGCGCGUUCCGCUGCCCGUGCCGCUGCCAUCCAGCUCUGCCCUUGAUGACAGCCUCUCUGAGGCCACCAGCACCAACAGUGAAGCUGGCUUUGUGAACCCUGCGGAGCCGCCGGCUGCAGCGGCCGCCGGUGCCCGCAUGGGCUUGUUUGCUGAGGCGGUGGAACUGGGGCUGGCGGCCGAGAUGGGCGACGGCCGCGUUUCCCGGCCGUCUCGGAAGUCGUCCCGCAUUCCGACACUGGAGGCUAUUACGUCGGGCGUUGCCGCGUCAGCUGCGGUGGCAGAUGACGUGAUCUGUAAGCUGGGGCGGGCGGGUGCCGACACCGCCGACAAGCGGAGCACAAGGUCGAAGGGCUUCUGGGCCUCCCUGAAGCGCGGGCUGGCGUCUGUAGCAUCAUGCGCACGACCCAUGCCCGCAAACUAGUGAUCAUAGAUCGCAAGGGGGAAAUGUGCACUGUGUGUGUGUGUGUGUAAGUUGGUGUGUGUUGGUGCCAGUGGCUAAUGCUUACACGGCUUCAUCGUUGGGAUUGUAUUAAGCGCUUUGUCGCUGGGUUGUGACAAGGAAGGAGGCUCAUGAUCAGGGGGUCGGACUAGCAGCAGCACUUUAUCCUGUACGGUCAGCAGCUUGCCUCUGGAGUUCCCUUGUUGCGUGUCAGGGUAUGGUAUCCACGUGCACGCGGCGGGCGGCUAAAUGCGCUGUGCGAGGUACCCUACUGACGUAUGAUGCGUGUUGCAUGUGCUCCACCAGUCGUCGAAUAAAAUUGAAGCAAGUGCUGAUUCCGCAGAGCCAGUAUCGUAUCAUAUGCUCUCGCAUCUGUCAUGUGCUUGAGCUUAAUAGAGCUGGUAAGACGGUUUUUUGUGCAGCUUUCUGUUGCUCGGGCUUUGCUUGCGUGCCUGAUGGCCCUGAACACGAUAGGUGUGGUGGAGAAGAGGCAGGUGGCUGAAAGUAAAACCUUUCACACAUUACGUGUGGUCCAGGCGGGAAGAGGCGAAGGAAGUUGCGGUGUGAGACUGCAGGAGGGAUAUGAGAAGGCUGUGCGCACCCGGGCGUUCUCUUGUUGUCUACGCCAUUCAUGAGGCUCAUGGUCCGCGCUGACGGGGCUUAGAAGGUCAAUUUCAGGAUGACUUGGGUGUGCGGGUGCGGAGUAGUCAUCGUGGGUAGUCGUGUUCAGGUUCUUAUGGGUGUGCGCCAUUGCGCGGAGCGGGUGUAUGAUACCGCAGGUUGUCAACGCGUGCAGGUCGGCAUGCGGCGUUCCGCAUUCCAUUCAUUAAUAAUUUUAGGGCGCCUCUGUGACUUUCCAUCGUGAGCAGUCACGGAGCUGGACUUGCUCCGGUCCAGGGCUUGUCCUGUUUCAAUGUGUACCGGUUUGCCCCAAGCGGCGUAUCACAGACUGCUGCAGACGGCCGCGCAGUGCGGGUCAUGCGCCCCCAUGAUGUAGGGUGGCCUAGACAGUGAGAGUUAGCUUCAGCUUACAGUUGAAAGCAUGUCAAUAAGUUGCUGGCUCGAAAGAUUUGCAUGAUGAAGCAAGUAGUAGGUUUGCAUGCUUGUGCAUGGGAUCACACGCGUUGUGUGCCGUACAAGGGGUCAAGGGGCGGCUUACGUCUCCGCAAGAAUGGAGGCAGACGACCCGCUACACAGCUGUAGCGCCAGUGUCCCUCUUGAUAACAUGCAAACUGUUCACAUUGUC